CCUUUGCGUUUAAAAAAAAAAAAUGUAGCAUUACAUCACGGUAUGAAACAGGAGGCCAACUCCAAAGAGUGUGGUAAACAACUAAAUUAAUUUACUUCUCUUUAGUACAUAUGGAAAUAGUGAAAUAUGAAAAGAUAAUGAGAGGUCUUGAGUGUUGUCGCCGACAGGAUUCCUAGACAUUUGCCUCGGAUCCCCGGCUUUUUUUUUGACUAUCACCAUGGCAGCAGCAAAGAUGACCUUACGGCUACGCAAGAAGAGUGCCCUGGACAAGUCCUCUGAGGUUUUGUCUGCCGAGGCGUCUCCAGACUCUAAGUGCCCCAUCUGUCUGGACCGAUUCAACAACAUGGCCUACCUCGAUCUCUGCUUGCACAAGUUCUGCUUCCGCUGCAUCCACGAGUGGUCCAAGAACAAAGCUGAGUGCCCGCUAUGCAAGCAGCCAUUCAACUCUAUCUAUCACAGUAUACAAUCAGAGAAGGACUUCAAGAAGUAUGACCUGCGGCCCACGGAGAACGGUUCCUUUGGGAGUUUCGCAGGGGAACGGUUCCGCUACCGCACCACGCUGACGGGGGCGCGUCGGCAGGACCAGAGAAGAACAUCCCCUCCCCCCGACAACGGGGUCAUGUUCGAGGCCCUAACGGGGGCUUCCCCCCCUCCUCGACAGGACCGAGGCCUCCGCCGCAUGAUGGCGCGCCUGGCGGCCAGGAGGCGGGCAGAAAGCGAGGGCCGGACCGUGCGCAGCCUCCGUGAGCAGGAGAUGAUCAAGUUCAGACGGGCGCUCUACCGGCGAGGGGUGCGAGUGCGGAGCGUGCGAGACGGUGGCCGUUCCCGGGACAUCUCGGCGGAGUUCUUUCAGAAGAACCCGGCCUGCCUGCACCGCCUGUUGCCCUGGCUGAAGAGAGAGCUGGUGGUGCUGUACGGCGCUCACGGCUCCCUGGUCAACAUCGUGCAGCACAUUAUCAUGUCCCGCAUCACCCGCUAUGACAUGGAGGACCGGGCCAUCCACGAGGAGCUGCAGCCUUUCCUCCAGGCCCGCACCGAUCACUUCCUGCAUGAGUUUGUCAACUUCGCCCGAGCACCCUUCAACAUGGAGGCCUACGACCAGCAUGCCGUCUACGACUGCCCUGCGCCGUCCUCGGACGAGGGCAGCAGCUCCAACUCCUCGGUGAUUGCCAUCUCCGAGGAUGAGGAGGAGGGCGAUUCUGUGGAGCUGGACCCCAUGUCCGGGGGCGCCCUGAGCCAGUCAACAUGGGACGACGAGACACCCGGACCUUCGUACUCCACAACAGAACCCACCAGGGCCCUGCUGCUAUCCAUCAGAGACUCUGACUCAGAGAGCAGUGUGGGGGAGGAGUGCGGAGCAGUGUUACAGCCAAAGACCCCUCGCCUGACUGCGGACUCUGCUUGGGUGAAAACCGACAAGGACGGACAGGCGUGUACCUCCUCUGGCGAUGAGGAUUGCAUCAUCGUGGGCUUUGUAAAACCCCUUGCUGAAAGGACCCCGGAGCUGGUCAAGCUGUCCUCUGACUCAGAGGAGUCUGUUCUGGAGGAGAUCAAAGAUGAAGUGCCCAGGCUGCUUCAACACAUCCGCUUCACCAGCCUUAGCCCCGCCUCCUCUCAAGGCCAAUGUCCUGGGAAGGCAGAGGGGGUGGAAAGGAAGCAAGAUGUAUCGUGCUCCAAGGAGAGACGUAACACCUCACCCUCAAUUAGAUGUGAGUCAUCAUCUAGUAAGUCAGCAAGCAAAAACAGAGGACAAACUGAGAAAGACGGCAGGAGAUGUCACAGUCGAGAUAGCUCUAGAGAGAGGCCACGGUCGAGAAGCAGAGACCGGGGGAGGAGGUCCAGGAGCGCCGACCGCAGCCGCUCGACCAAGAGCCCGGCUAUCUCCAUCAACAGCGACAGCACUCUGUCCAGAGGCAGGAGGCAGUCACGCUCCCAAAGCCGCGACCGCUCCCACACUAAAUGGGAGAAGACGAGGGACAAUAAAGAUAGCAGCCGAUCAGGCCGCAGCCACGACUCAUCGUCACACUCCUAUCACUGGCACUACUACAGCCGGGAGAGUGAGAGGGACAGCAGUGCCAUGCUCUACACAGAGAGGAGGUCCUACUACUCCAGCUCACACAGGAACAUCGAUUGCAGGUCCCCGAGCCAGAGUCCUGAUUCCCACCGGCGGGAUAAGAGGCGCUCCAGAAGUCGUUCCAGCACCUGUUCGCCGUCCGGCGCUCACAGGAAGUCUCGUCACGAGAAGCCCAGCGGGAAGAGAAAGUACAAAUCGAGACACCUGGAGGAACCUUCCCCCAAAGACCAGUCCUCCAUAGCCCUCGACGAGCCUCCCUCCUCCACCACCUCGUCCUAUGUGAAAGACAAGAAGAAGAGCAAAGAGAAGCGUCACAGGAAGUCCAAGGAGAAGUCUGGGGGGAAGAGGAGCAGGAGCCUCAGCGUGGAGAUCAUCUUUGAGGGCAGCUCCUCAGAGCAAACCAGGAAGCACCAGAAGAAGAAGAAGAAGCACAAGAAGAAGGGCAAGAGGCACAGGAGCAAAGAGCGCACAGGGUCCAGGAAACACUCGCCCACUGUCAUUACCAUAGACAGCGACAGUGACCAACAUACUGCCGAAGGCGCUAACGAUGCUAACCACACCUGCCCGGUAAGCAGCAGCACAAGCAACAGCGUGCUAGCGCCUAGCACAACCACCACCACAGGCAACCCUGCAGACUCUGGCCUGCUGGAGUCCAUGUUACAAGACUGGGAACAGCAGAUUCCACCUGUGGGUCUGGACAGUGGAGUGCUGGAGGCCAAGCCUCCUAUAAAUGUUGCUGCUGCUUCUGACACACCCACACAGAGUGAGGGGGUUCUGUCCCAAUCUGCCUCUGCGGAUGAGGCAAACUCUCAUAGCCCUUCAAAUGACAACACAAGUCAUUUUUUGGAAGAAUCAUAAUGCUGGCCUCGGUGGGUAGGAAGACAUUUAAUUUACCUUUAAAAGUUAGUUUUACACCUCACUAUGUAGGAUGUUAUAUGUACUGUUCUGCCAAAAGGUGCUCUUUCAUUUGGGAUGUGCCACUUUGCUGUAUGAGGUUAAAAAAAAAGGGGGGUCAAAGAUUGGGUUUUAUUUGUCUUAUUUACAGUGACUGUCUGUAAGGCCUACAUUUAAAAAGUAUUUGUAUAAAAUACUUCAACUAAUUUCUUAUCAGUCAUUCAUUUCUAUGCAUCAUUCUCAGGGAUAACAUGGGCAAUAAAGCUGAUGUAGCUUGUACCGUUGUGUUGAAACCAAACACCUUGUCUACCUGCUGUUCUUGUAAUCUGAUGGAAAACUGCUCUUAAUACUAGCCAAUAAAUCAAUAUGGGAAUGGGAAAGACUGUUGUUGUAACUGUGGAGUUGUAAAUAGUAAUAAAUGUUUCAAAACUGAAAUCAACAGCUGAUAUGACCUCCUGAAUAAGUCAGCAUUGGCCAGUGGCUCGUCGUUGGAGGCCACAUAUGUAAUGGUUACUGCCUGAGUGGGUAUCCUUUCAUGUGGAUGGCAUGAGAGUUCUAGAACCUUACAGAUGCUACUACGAUUAAGAUGCUAACACGUUACUGAAGCUGAUUCUAGUGUGAUAAAGGAACAUCAACUUGCCAGUGGUGCAAUAAACAUUUUGAAAGUAAGAAGUAUCAUAAUGUCCCCAUUAGAUUAGGCUUCUUAUCUGAGUGGGCACGGUUGCUUUUCAUUUGAGAUUUGAUAAAAAUGAUGCUACGCUGUUGGGACAAGACAAGAGUGGCGAUUUUAGCAUGUAAAUCUUGGUGGGGCAAACUCAAAAUAUACAGUGCCUUGCGAAAGUAUUCGGCCCCCUUGAACUUUGCGACCUUUUGCCACAUUUCAGGCUUCAAACAU